CGCUUCUCGACCGAGCACACCCCGGAAACCCCUAGCCCGAGCAGCUCACAGCUGAUGUUUUACAAGCACGGCCCUUUUUCCCUUCUUGGUUCAUAUUGCAUGUCUGGAGUCGGUUCGGUUCGUCUAUACCCAAGGGAGUCUCCAGGCCAAGGUUGCCCACUUUUCGGGCCGCUAUCUCCCUGGAUCUACCCACCGCGGAGGGCAUUGCGGAUUAUUAGCGAGGCGUUGGGUAUGGGAGGCUCACUGGUCCCUUACGCCUCUGUGUACUUUCUUGUUUUGUUGCCGUGGAAGGGAUUGUUCUUGCGCUUUCCUCGUCUAGCAGAGUAAAAGUGUUGAUACGGAUGGUCGGUGUGAGAUGUUCAGGCCAGAUGAAGAGACGGAUGUCGUACGAGGUAGAAUAGGGGAGUGGAGAAUCGAAACAGGUGCCUUCCUUCAAGAACAGAGCAGCCGACUCCAUCGCCAGACUCACAACUCAGUCCCAACUCUGACGACUUCACCCGCCCGACCACACACUUUUAUCAACGCAGCAUUACCACCUCUCCCAUCCCCAGCCUCGCUCGUCUCUGCGCAUCCACCACCGCAACCGCGACCGCGACCGCGCUGGGGAAGAAAAAUGCACCCCUCCCGCGCCUCCCGCCUCGAAACACACAUCCUCACGUCCAUGCUCAUGCUCAUCACCGCCCUGCUCGUCCUGCUCAUGCUGCUAUGGCACAUCUCGACCACCCAUCUCAUCGACGACUAUGGCAUGCCCGAGGAUUGGGAGGAGCGGUUUUUGAGGCGCCAGUUUGAGGGCGGGAGAGGCGCUUUGUGGGGCGGCAUGUUUGUGCUGAUUCCGAUUGAUUGCUUGCAUGCGCUGCUUGCGCUGGACUACUACCAUGGAUGUCGGUAUGAGAGGGGGGAGGGGGGUGCGGAGUCGACGCCGCCGGGGACUAGGAAGGAUAUGUGUAACAGCGACCAUACGAGCGCGAGACCUCCUUCCAGAUCAGCAGCCUCCACAGCAGCCUCCACCAACCCCUCGCAAUCCUCCAUCUCCCUCAAAUCCACCACCACCACCACCCGACAGCGCCAACAACAACCCCUCCCUCCCCACCCCCCACACACCUACCACCCACUCUACGCCCCCCUGCGCCCCACGCUCUCCCUCCUCCUGCUCACACUCUACGACACCCUCGCCACCAGCCUCCUCGCCCUCUUCACCGCCCAUUUCUUCACCAGCACGCCCUCUAACCUGCGCGCCUGCAACUACACGCCCCUCUACCCGGCGAUUUUCACCGACCCGCUGCGCUCCGGGCUCUCCGUGCGCCAGCGCUGCUGGCGCAUCAACAUCGACAUCCACGUCUCCGGCGGCUUCGACGUCGCGGGGUGUCUGCUGCUGCUGGGGCUGCAUGUGUGGGAGGGCGGGUUUCGCGGCUGGGAGUGGGUGAGGUUUGGGAGGGGAGGGGGAGGGUCUGUGCUGGCUGGCGAAGGGGGCGGGGAGGAUGGAGAGGAGGAGGGAGAGGGAGAUGAGGAGAAGAGGGUGACGACGGAGAGUUGGAGUGAGACUAUCCAGCCGACAAUCGCCCAUGCAGACACGCAGCACACAGCUUCCGCUACCACCACCCGCAGCAUUCGCACCACCGGCGACGAAGAGCAGCGAACAGAUAUGGGGAUCCGCCACCGGAGCGCCGAAAGAGCCGAGACGGGACGCCGCAGGGAAAGCAAGGCGGGAAGGACGGCGAGUGUGGCGUCGUCGAUGCGCACAUUGGAGGCGGCGAAGUGGAGUGAGGUGUUGUUGGAAUGUCUUGUUCCGUAA